GUUUGUAGCAGUCUGGGAAUCAUCUGCACAUCGCAGCUAGUCUACUCUCUCUCUCAAUUAUAAACCAAACCGCAACAGGUUCAGAACGACAUCAGUGUUCUAGGUUGGGAAAUAACGUCAUUAAAGGAGGGAUUUGUCCUAAACUAGGAAGAUGAUGAAACGAGCUACCCUCCUUUGCAUUGAACGAUGUCUGUGAGUUAGCCAGCUGAAUAGAGGUUCUCCCUGUAGCCGUUGGUGCUCACGCUAUAAACGCAGCAGCCCUUGGCUGAUGAUGUAGGACGGACGGAAGAAAUCCUGUGAUAUCCUUCAUCGAAGUCCACCAGGAUGAAGGAGCAGGAACCUCUGGAAGCAGAUGCAGUCAACAUGUGGAACAUCAGUCCAGAGGAGAGGUUGAAACAUGAUAAACAGUUUAACUCUUUGACACCUGUCCUGGGAUACAUUUCGGGUGAACAGGCGAGUCAGUUCUUCCUCCAGUCUGGUCUUCCUCCUUCAGUCCUGGCUGAGAUCUGGUCGCUAGCUGAUAUGGGUAGUGAUGGGAGGAUGGACCAACUAGAAUUCUCUAUUGCCAUGAAGCUGAUUAAACUGAGGCUGCAGGGGCGGGGCCUUCCCCCCUCUCUACCAAUCAGCAUGAAGCAGCCACCCAUUGCCAUGCCCAACUCCAUAAUGAAGUCUUCAGCAUGCUUCGGUAUGGGCUCGAUGCCAAAUCUGUUCGUCGGCAUGCCCGUUCUGACCCCGAUGCCCCUUAACCCCACCCUGACCUCUGUGCCCUCCCUGGUUCCCAUGACGAUGCCCCUGGCCAAUGGCAACUCCAGGCUCCUCAACCCAUCUCCAUUUAGCACCACUCCAGCACUCCCUAUGUCCUGCUUCUCCUCUCCAAUGGCAUUCUCUCCAUCCGCUGGGAUCUCCAAGGCUAACUCCCUAUUGGAUCUGUCCUCUAGCAGUUCUAACUCCUCCUCCACCACCUCCCUGGCCAGUAACUCUCCCAAGACGUGCUCUUGUGAUUGGUCCGUUCCCCAGUCCACCAGGCUGAAGUACAGACAACAGUUUAACAGUCUGGACAAGCUGAUGAGUGGAUAUCUCUCUGGCCCUCAGGUGAGGAAUGCCCUGACUGCCUCCAACCUGACCCAGACACAGCUAGCUACCAUCUGGACCCUGGCUGACGUGGAUAAGGACGGUCAGCUGAGAGCUGAGGAGUUUAUUCUGGCCAUGCACCUGGUAGACAUGGUUACGACAGGAUGUCCGCUACCCCUCACCCUGCCCUCAGACCUGGUACCUCCCUGUCUUAGAGAUAGCAGGCCAGUAGAGAUGUUGAAUGGAACUGGGCCCUACCUCUCCACUGGCCUGAUAGACGGGACAGCAGAGCUUGAACCUGCACACAAGAACACGAACAACGUAUCGUAUGAAGACCGUCUGAAGGAAAACUUUGCGCGAGGCAGCGCUGAGCUGGAGAAGCGUCGUCUGGCUCUAGAAGAUAAACAUAGGAGGGAGGAGGAGAUGAGAGAGAGGGAGGCCACUGAGGUGCAGGGGAUGAGAGAGGUGUGGAAGGAGGAGCAGGAGAACAAGAGACAACAAGAAGAGGAGAGACGGAGAGAGAGAAAGGAGGCAGCGCAACAGGAGCAGGAGCGCCAGCGGAGGGAGGAGUGGGAGCGAGUGAGGAAGGAAGAGUUGUGGAGGAUGAGAGAAAGAGAGCAGGAGGAGAUCACUUCGCUCCGAGCCAAGAAGAAGAGUUUGGAGAUGGAGCUGGAGGCUGUGGGCAGCAGACACAAGCAGUUAUCAGAUGGUCUCCGUGACGCCCAGAGUAAGAGACGGAUCCAAAGAGCGGAGAUCGAUCUCAUCAAUCAGCGGAGAGAUGGGCGUGUCUCCAAGAUCAACACCCUGCAGACACAGUUUGAGGACUACCAGAGGAAACUGUGUCAGUUGGUUCCACAGCAACAGAGACUGACAGAGAGACUCAAGAACAUGGGCUGCAACAACAUCCCUGUUGUGGCAAUGACCUCUGUAGGUGGCAGCGUUGCGGAGAAGGGCGUGGUCUGUCGGAGGCUGAAGGACCAAUUAGACACUCUGGAGAGAGAGACAACCGACAAGCUGGCCAUGAUGGACCACUACCAGCAAGACCUCAAGUCAGUCGAUAUGGAUGACUGUGUUCUACAGUCUCUUCUCUCGCUGCUGGGCUGUCUCAGUCAACUCUUCCUCCUUAUCAAGGACCUGAGGGAGCGGCAGGGGAAGCAGCAGGCUGUUCUGGAGGACCUCUGCCGGGUCAAGGAGCUGAAACUGAGAGAGAUGGAGAGAGGGAGAGAGGAGGAAAGACAGAGAAAGAGGAGGGGGGAUGAAGAGGCUGCCAGACAAGCCAAGCUGGAGGGAGAGAGGAGAGAGGAGGAGGAGAGGAGGAGGCGAAUUGAGCCGCAGGAGAGAGGAGGCCGCCAGCAUCCAGUACUGAAUGCAGAGAGUUUAUUAACCCUGACCUCCUGCAGAGCCCUGUACCCCUUCACCGCACGCAACGCUGACGAGCUAAGCCUGGAUGCUGACUGUUUCAUAGAGGUAGAUGAUGAGAUGGUGGGGGAGCCUGGUUGGCUGUGUGGUAGUUACCGUGGGAACAGGGGCUGGUUCCCCCAGAGCUAUGCUGAGAGAUGCACCACCCCCCUUGCCUCUGACCUACUGCCCCCUUCCUGUCCAACACUACCACCCAGCCCUGGACUUCCUGACGGAGAGAUUGCAGAGGCAGGACGGAUCCCCGCCCCCAGCGUCACCCCCAUCAAAGACUCCUCCCAGGAAAACAACACACACACAGAACCUCUAUACACCGCUGUUGAUGAGUUGGAUAGACCAGAUCACAGCCAGCUAGAAGAGUUCGUGGCCCUGUUCACCUAUGAGAGCCCGGAGGCAGGCGACCUGACGUUCUCUGAGGGGGACGUAGUCAUGGUAACAGAGCAGGAGGGGGAGUGGUGGAGGGGGUGCAUUGGAAACCGGACCGGAGUGUUCCCUUCCAACUACGUCAAACCCAUGGAACCAGAGAUCACUAGGCCUGGAGCUGCUUCCAAGAAACCUGAGAUCGCCCAGGCGAUCACCCUGACUACAGAGCAGCUAAGUCUGUCACCGGGGCAACUGAUCGUGGUCCAUGCCAAGAACUCCUCCGGCUGGUGGCUUGGGGAAUUGCAGGUCCGAGGGAAGGGCCCACGAAGAGGCUGGUUCCGCUCCUCUCAUGUCAAACUGCUCCCUCCCACAAGCAGCAAGACUACCCCUGCACCUGUCCCAGGUCAUCGCCAGGUACAACUUCACAGCAGCCAAUUAGGACUUGAUGAGCUUCUCCAAUUGUCAGCUGAUCAACGUUAUGGACAGUGACAACCCUGAUUGGUGGAUUGGAGAGGUCAACGGGGUCACGGGGCUGUUGCCAACCAAUUACGUCACCAUGACCACCGAGUCCGACCCCAGGCAGUAAUGGUCAUUCAUACUAAUGCACUAGCGACUAGAAAGUGAUCACAACGUGGCUAACUCAUCCAGACCAAUCCUAACUCAUCCGGACCGACCCCAACUCAUCCAGACCAAUCCUAACUCAUCCGGACCGACCCCAACUCAUCCAGACCGACCCCAACUCAUCCAGACCAAUCCUAACUUAUCCGGACCGACCCCAACUCAUCCAGACCAAUCCUAACUCAUCCGGACCGACCCCAACUCAUCCAGACCGACCCCAACUCAUCCAGACCGACCCCAACUCAUCCAGACCGACCCCAACUCAUCCGGACCGACCCCAGCUCAUCCGGACCGACCCCAGCUCAUCCGGACCGACCCCAACUCAUCCGGACCGACCCUACCUCAUCCGGACCGACCCUACCUCAUCCGGACCGACCCCAACUCAUCCGGACCGACCCCAACUCAUCCGGACCGACCCCAACUCAUCCGGACCGACCCCAACUCAUCCGGACCGACCCUACCUCAUCCGGACCGACCCUAACUCAUCCGGACCGACCCUACCUCAUCCGGACCGACCCUACCUCAUCCGGACCGACCCUACCUCAUCCGGACCGACCCCAACUCAUCCGGACUGACCCCAACUCAUCCAGACCGACACUACCUCAUCCGGACCGACGCCAACUCAUCCGGACCGACUCUACCUCAUCCGGACCGACCCCAACUCAUCCGGACCGACCCUACCUCAUCCGGACCGACCCCAACUCAUCCGGACCGACCCUAGCUCAUCCAGACCGACACUACAGGAUAAACCUAGUCCUGGACUAAAAGUAAAGCUCAAUGUUGAUUCUCUAUUGAAAGCACCUUUUAGUCCAGGUCUAGGUUUAAUCUUUGUCUGGGAAACUGGCCCAUAUAGAAACUAGGUUUAGGUUAUAUUAUAACUAUCUGCUGCUGUCACACUAAUACACACACUGGUUCAAUACUGUCACCAGCAACAUGACACGGCUCUCUGUCUCUUUCUGUAUGGUGUGUUCAUUUAGUUCCUCACUCACUCGUAUGCAAUCAGCUGGGGUUCUCGCCACGAUCAAAGGUGCUUCUCAUUACUUUAGCCUAGUGUUAGCCUAGCAUUUAACCUAGCAUUGCAUGUGCUAUGCUACUUUAGCAUCACAUGUGCUAUACUUUAACCUAGCGUUGCUAGUGCUAUACUUUACCAGAUUGUUAACUUCACCUUGGCUUUGCUUUAGCUUACUGUAGCCUAGCUUUAGCAUCACCGGUGCUAUACUUAGGUACUGUGCUAACAUGGGCAAUACUUUAGCAUAUAACUAGCAUCACAUAUGCUAUACUUUAGACAAGCUCUAGCAUCACAUGUUGUAUGCUUUAGCCUUGUGUUAGAAUCACCAGUGCUAUACAUCCAGUAUAUUGUGUAGAAGUGUUCAGACAAUGUGCCUCACUCUGCUCUGUCAAUUAUGUACAUAGCCUACAGUAACAUGGAG